CCCACGCCUAUUAAUAUUUCACCCACAACACCCUUUGCUCUCUCCCCCUCUAUCUAUAUAUUCCUCCUACACUCUAGGAGCUUUUCUACACAUUUAGGAAAGCAAAGUCUUUUCUGCUUCUUUCAUAUUUGUUGCUACCAUGGGAAGUGAAGGUGAUUGCAACAAUAACACCAAUCUAAGGAAACCUAAAUUUCUUUGCCUUCAUGGAUUUAGAACAAGUGGAGCAAUUUUGAAGAAGCAAAUUUUUGAUAAAUGGCCAACUCAAGUUGUGGAUAAAUUAGAUCUUGUUUUUGUUGAUGCACCUUUACCUUGUCAAGGCAAAUCUGAAGUUGAAGGCAUUUUUGACCCUCCUUAUUAUGAAUGGUUCCAAUUUAAUAAGGAAUUUACUGAGUAUCAGAAUUUUGAUAAAUGUCUUGAAUACAUAGAAGAAUGUAUGAUUAAGCAUGGACCUUUUGAUGGUCUUCUUGGUUUCUCCCAGGGGGCAAUUCUUUCUGGAGCAUUGUCUGGGUUGCAAGAUAAGGGAGUGGCACUUACAAAGGUGCCCAAGAUAAAAUAUUUGAUAAUUAUUGGAGGUGCUAAAUUUCAAAAUAAAUCAGUGGCAGAAAAUGCUUAUUCAUCACCAAUUAAAUGCCCUUCCGUUCACUUCUUAGGUGAGCAAGAUUACCUGAAGAAGUAUGGGAAAGAACUAUUGGAAUCAUGUGUUGAUCCAGUGGUGAUUCAUCAUCCUAAGGGCCACACCAUACCAAGAUUUGAUGAGAAAGGACUAGAGUUCAUGCUUAGUUUCAUUGAGAAGGUGCAAGCAGAGAUUAACAAGUGAUGAACAAGUUUUGAUGACUUUCACUUUUUGUGGUAGUUCCUCUUUUGGGAAAUGCUUCUCCCACUUAUUAAAUUUUUGAAAAUAAAAUUGCUUUGUCUUCUAUACUGUAGGUAAGAAAAAAUAUUAGGCCUUAUUAGAAAGGCUACAGAACUACAUGGCCAUGCUAUUAUAUUUACGACAGUAUGCCAUUCGAUUAUGUUACAUUCUUUAAAUAUUAUUUCUCUUGAUUAAAGAAAAUCCUUGUUUAUUUCCCA